AUGGAGGCACAUGCACAGCUCCAAACCCCUCACCAACCCUCUGUUUCAGCUCUCUCACCAUCUUCAUCUUCUUCGUCUUCUUGCAGUGCUAGCGUUGUUCCUCUGUCUUUCUCUCCGGUUUGGACUGAACCUCAUGGUGAUAAAACAGAACCACUUCAAGCUGCACUGAACCGGCAGUAUUAUAUGGCAGAGAAUGGUGGGGUGGCAUCCACAGCGGGUUCAGCCACUAAAACUCAAUGGCUGAGAUUUGUUGGUACCAUGGGCAACGGUGGGAUGGAGUGGAAGGGUGUAGAGGAGCGGUUUGACCGGCUUGCAUUAACCGGAAACGGAGUUGAACCGGUUAUAAAAUGGUCUGAUUUUGGUCUGUGUAUAGGCAUGCAACAGACGCCAGAGUUUGCUAAUGAGCUAUUAAGGGCUCUAAGGGGAACAAGGGAUCGGAAUGUUGAUAUGUCGAAGGACGAACUGCAUAGUUACUGGUGUCGUAUGACUGACCCUUGCUUCGAUUCGAGGAUACAGAUUUACUUUGACUUGUGCGACAGAAACAUGGACGGAAGAAUAACUAAGAAAGAUCUUAAGCAGACCAUUAUACUAAGUGCUUCUACAAAUAAGUUAUCAUUGACCCAUGAGGAAGCAGAAGACUAUGCUGCUUUAGUCAUGGAACAUCUUGACAUUGAAAACCAGGGAUAUAUUGAGCUCAAUCAAUUUGAGACUCUCAUCAAAAUGAGCUUAUCAAAGGGCUCCUUUUCAACAAAUCACUUGUCAAUCAGACGUCCAUAUUACAGUUUUGACCUAUGUGAAGAGCCAAGGUCUAAGAACGAAGUUUUAUUUCGAUCAUAUUGGCGACGUGCAUGGAUAGUUUUGUUGUGGUUGAUCAUAUGUACUGCACUAUUCACUUGGAAAUUUAUACAAUAUCGCCAUAGAGCAGCUUUUCAAGUAAUGGGGUACUGCCUGUCCACUGCUAAAGGUGCUGCUGAAACCCUGAAAUUCAACAUGGCUCUAAUUCUCCUCCCUGUUUGUCGUAAUACAAUUACAUGGCUUCGCAAGAACCGUUCGAUCAACUCAAUUAUUCCAUUUAAUGACAACAUUAACUUCCACAAGAUGAUUGCAGGAGGGAUAGUAGUAGGAGUUAUCCUGCAUGGUGGUGCUCACCUUGCUUGUGACUUUCCAAGAAUUAGUGAUUCGGAUCGUUUAAUCUUCUGGCAAACAAUAGCUGCCAGAUUCGGGUAUCAUCAGCCAUCAUACUUUGAAAUAUUGGCUACAAAGGAGGUGGCAACAGGGAUUGUUAUGGUAGUACUAAUGAUGAUAGCAUUUUCACUUGCAACAAAAUGGCCACGCCGCCAACCGCCUUCUCUGCCAAGGUCUGUUCGGAAUGUCACAGGCUAUAAUACCUUUUGGUACUCACACCACUUGUUCAUUGCUGUAUAUGCAUUGCUCAUUCUUCACUCUAUGUUCCUCUUCCUUACAGACAAUAAUUUUCUUAAGCAGACAUGGAUGUAUAUUGCCAUUCCAGUUCUAUUAUAUACAGGAGAACGAGUAUUUCGAGCCAUACGAUCAGGAUUUUAUGAGGUGGAAAUUUUGAAGGCAAGUAUUUAUCCAGGAAAAGUUUUGUCCCUCCAAUUGAAUAAACCAGAAGGGUUUAAGUACCUGAGUGGCAUGUACAUAUUCAUUCAAUGCCCUCAAAUUUCACCAUUUGAAUGGCACCCGUUUUCCUUGACUUCUGGACCAGAAGACGACUACCUAAGUGUGCAUAUUAGAACUGCUGGAGACUGGAGUUAUCAAAUAUACAGGAUUUUUCCUUUUGAACUUUUACAGGCAACAUUAUCUGGAGUUAAGGGCUAUCCCAAAGUACACAUUGAUGGGCCCUAUGGUGCCGCCUCUCAAGACCAUGUCAAGUAUGACAUUGUUGUUCUAAUUGGUCUAGGCAUAGGUUUUACACCUUUCAUUAGCAUCCUCAAAGAUGUUGUCAAUGGUGCCGAAAAAUCACAUUGUGAUCAUACUGGUUGCAGAGAAUGCAGCUUAAGAAAAGCUCCACUAAAAGCCUAUCUUUAUUGGGUUACAAGAGAACAGAGCUCCUUUGACUGGUUUAGAGACAUCAUCAAGGAAAUAUCAAACUCAAACCAAAAGCAGUCUGUUGUAGAGAUGCACAAUUUCUUAACUUGUGUGUAUCAAGAGGGCGAUGCACGCUCGGUUCUAAUAAGCGCUAUACAGGCAUUGCAUCAUGCCAAAAAUGGUAUAGACUUUGUUUCCCGGACUCCGGUACGUACGCAUUUUGCCCGGCCAAACUGGAUCAGCAUCUUCUCAAAAUUGGCACAUAGGCAUAGAGAAGCACGGAUUGGGGUUUUCUACUGUGGUCCUUCAGCCGUAGCGAAAGAGUUGGAGAAAAUGUGUACCAAAUUUUCCACCAAGACCUCUACAAGAUUUGUAUUUCACAAGGAGAAUUAUUAG